AUGUUAACUCCAGCUGAAACAUCGAUAGCAGGCGAAAUAAAUUCAGAAGAUGGCUCAUAUCCUCCAACAACAACAACAAUAAAUUUAAACUAUUAUCCACAAUAUCCUUGUACAAACAAUGAUGAUAAUAACAAUUAUCAUUCACAUCAAACCUAUUCAACACCAAUCUUAAAUGAUUAUAUAUACCCAUCAAAUUCAUCGUCUUCGUAUUAUACAUCAUCACCAUCACCAAUCUGUGAUAAUAUAGCAAAACGUAUUCGUUAUCGUUCAUCGUUUAAUAGCAACACACCCGAUGAUCAAAAACAAAUUCUAUCAACAACAAAUUAUGCCGCAUCAACACCAAAAGUACGCUCACCAUUAGCCAUGCCACCAGCAAUGAUACAACAACGACAAGUACCCUGUUAUGAUUAUAUUUCCAUGCAACAUUCACAGGAUGAACAAACAACGAAUUAUGAUGCCUAUCAGUACUAUAUGACCAACAGUAAUCAUUCAAUAUCAUCACCAUCGCGACCACUACAUCAAAAUUAUGAUGGUAAUAUUAUUGCAACUUCAGGACAUAUUGCUGUGCGUUUGCAACACGGAGAUUUGUGGACAAAAUUUCAUCAACAUACAACAGAAAUGAUUAUCACAAAACAAGGACGUCGAAUGUUUCCCACUCUACAAUUUCAUGUAUUUGGCUUAAAUCCAGAUUCGACUUAUAAUCUGUAUGUUGAUAUGGUAUUGGUUGAUACAAAUCAUUGGAAAUUUAAUUUGGGAAAAUGGGUAUCAUGUGGACAAGCUGACCAAUGUCAAAAAUCAAAUCGUAUUUAUAUUCAUCCUGAUAGUCCAAAUACAGGUCAACAUUGGAUGAAAAAUGAAAUAUCAUUUAGUAAAUUAAAAUUAACGAAUAAUCGAUCAAUACCACCUGGACAUAAUACAAAUAUGACAUUAAUUUUAAAUUCUAUGCACAAAUACCAACCACGUUUACAUAUCGUUGAAGUUAGUCGAAUAAAUAUUGGAAAUAGCCGAUGUUCGACGUUAGAACAACAGACUAAAACUGGACAAGAACAUACAUUCUUUUUUGUGGAAACACAAUUUAUUGCUGUAACUGCAUAUCAAAACACGGAUAUAACACAAUUGAAAAUCGAUCAUAAUCCAUUUGCCAAAGGUUUUCGCGAUUCAACUGACAAAGGAUAUGGGUCUCAUAGUAAUAGUAUAGUGACAUCAUCCGAUCCAUAUUAUCAUCAUCAGUCAUCCGCUUCUUCAUCGCCUCAUUUGUCUUAUCCGCAACAGCAUUCUCCUCAAUCAUUGCAAAAUACCUCAUAUUAUGAAACAAAUCAUUAUUCAUCUUCACUUAAACGAAAAAUGAUCGGUUAUACGGGACAACAUCAAUCACAAAAUUCAACAUGGUUUCCCGAUAAUAGACAGUCAAAAAGAAAUAAAUCGCAUGAUGAUUCUGAACAAAAUCCCUAUAAUAGUUAUUAA